GUAAAAUCAAUUAGAGCUAAAGAUGGCGCUCUCAUUUGUAAACAAAAAAUGACGUCAUUUUCUGGAGGAUUCUCCAUAAUUCUUGACAUAAAUAAAAAUCAAUACGAGAAAUUGAAUAUGUCGAGCAAAGCACCUGUAAUUGGCAUUGAUCUGGGCACCACAUAUUCCUGUGUUGCUGUCUUCCAGCAUGGAAAGGUUGAAAUAAUUGCUAACGACCAGGGUAACCGCACCACCCCAAGUUACGUUGCAUUUAAUGACUCUGAGCGACUUAUCGGAGAUGCUGCCAAGAACCAAGUUGCGAUGAAUCCUACAAACACUAUUUUUGAUGCCAAGCGUUUAAUUGGUAGAAAAUUCAAUGACCACUCAGUGCAGUCCGAUAUGAAGCACUGGCCAUUUAAAGUGACAAACGAUGCUGGAAAACCUAAAUUGGAAGUUGAAUACAAGGGUGAAACAAAAUCAUUUACCCCUGAGGAAAUCAGCUCUAUGGUAUUGACAAAGAUGAAGGAAACUGCGGAAGCAUACUUGGGUCAAAAAGUAAAUGAAGCAGUAGUUACUGUACCAGCAUACUUUAAUGACUCUCAGCGACAAGCUACCAAAGAUGCUGGUCAUAUUGCAGGAUUGAAUGUCAAGCGAAUUGUGAAUGAACCAACUGCAGCUGCCCUUGCAUAUGGGCUCGAUAAGAACAUGAAUGGUGAAAAGAAUGUGCUUAUUUUUGACCUGGGAGGGGGAACAUUUGAUGUCUCAAUUCUCACUAUUGAUGAAGGUGCCAUGUUUGAAGUGAAAGCUACAGCUGGAGAUACCCAUCUUGGUGGCGAGGACUUCGAUUCGAGAAUGGUGAACCACUUUGUACAAGAAUUCAAGCGCAAACACAAAAAAGACAUAUCGAACAAUGCACGGUCAAUGAGGCGUCUUCGCACAGCAUGUGAACGAGCCAAGCGUACACUCUCCACCAGCUCACAGGCAAGCAUUGAGAUAGACUCUCUGUUUGAAGGUAUCGAUUUCUACACUGCGAUCACCAGAGCUAGAUUCGAAGAACUUUGUGCUGAUUUAUUCCGUCAAACUCUGGAGCCAGUUGAAAAAGCACUUCGUGAUGCAAAACUUGAUAAGAGUCGCAUUCAUGAUGUUGUUCUGGUAGGGGGUUCAACUCGAGUUCCCAAAAUACAGAAAUUGCUCCAAGACUUCAUGGGAGGGAAAGAACUUAAUAAAUCCAUUAAUCCCGAUGAGGCAGUCGCUUAUGGUGCCGCAAUCCAGGCAGCCAUCUUGUCUGGGGUGAAAGAUGAGAAAGUGCAGGAUCUGUUAUUGGUUGAUGUUGCACCACUCUCAAUGGGCAUUGAAACAGCUGGCGGAGUGAUGACAAAAAUCAUCGAGAGAAACACUCGUAUCCCAGCGAAGCAUUCUCAAACAUUUACAACAUAUGCUGAUAACCAACCAGGAGUCAGUAUCCAAGUGUUUGAGGGAGAGCGUGCAAUGACGAAAGACAACAAUCUUCUGGGACAAUUCGAACUAUCAGGUAUACCCCCAGCCCCGAGAGGCGUGCCAAAAAUAGAGGUGACCUUUGACAUUGACGCUAAUGGAAUACUCCAUGUAACUGCCAAAGAUGAAAGCACCGGUAAAUCAAACAACAUUCGUAUCACAAAUGAAAAAGGCAGACUCUCCCAAGAAGAAAUCGAAAAAAUGGUGAAUGAUGCUAAAAAGUAUGAAGAAGAGGAUAACAAACAAAGGGAACGAGUUGCAGCAAGAAACAACUUGGAAGCUAUGGCCUUCAACUUCAAAAGUGCAGCAACUGAGAAUGAAGCUAAAUUAACACCUGAUGAGCGUGACACUGUUGUGAACAAAUGCAAAGAUGUGCUCUCGUGGAUUGAUGCUAAUAGCCUUGCUGAAAAGGAAGAGUAUGAUCAUCAGCUAGAAGAUCUCCAAAAGACGUGUUCUCCUAUUAUGGCUAAAAUCCAUGGAUCAGCGGGUCAAAAAGGAGCAAGCCACGGUGGGUCCAACAGUGGACCAACUGUUGAAGAAGUUGAUUAAAAAUCAGAAGACUAUUUACAUGAAUAUUUAAAGUGGACUAUUUAGUGAACAUCUAAAGUGGACUAUUAAAAUGAACAUUAUUUUCAUGAACAUUUAAAGUGGACUAUUAAAAUGAACAUUAUUUACAUGAACGUUUAAAGGAACAUGAAACUUAUCAUUUAUUUAGAUUUUCAUCAAAAGUUUUGUUUUAGAAUUGAUUGAGAUUUUAUUAUGCUGGACUAGUGAAACUGUUACUGAACAGAAGCUUUGAAAUGGGAAAAAAUUGUCAGUUUAACAGAUAAUUAUUGAUUUAUACAUUCAACUUCUUGAAAACUUAUCUGUCAUUUGUUAGUAAUGAAGUUAAAACCUUAUGUGCAUUUACAGAUUCAGUAUAUGCAAUACAGUUAUACUGCAUUUAUAUUAUUUAUUGUAUUGUACAUACUAUGUAGAUGAACAAAAUAGUAUUAAAUGUAUAUUCAUUUUAUUAAUUGUAUAGUAAAUACCAUGUAAAUGAAGAAACAAAAUAUGCUAAAAUAUAACAUAAAUGUAAAAUUAAACUGUAUAAUAUUACUGAUGUUUUAUUUAUAAAGUAGAAUCUACAAUAGACUACUUUGUCAAAACGUAUGGUUCAAAUAUACAGAGUGUCCCAAACAAGUGAGUACAGCCAAGGACGUCUUUGGUACAGCUUAUAUUCAAGCUCACUUUUAAUACAUCCAUCUUAUUGCUUGAUUUUUCGAUUGUUAAAUAAUUCAUUUUUCAAUAAAGUGAUCAGUACAUUAUGACAAAUGUAUAAAUUAUGUAGUUUACCAUUUAUGCCAUUUUUGUACUUGUGGGGGAGGGGGGCGACACUCUGUGAAAUAAAGUCCAAACUCAUUAAUCUACAAAGGAAUAUCACUCCCUAUGAUCGGACAAAUGAAUGGAAGUGGGUGGGGGAGUAGCCAGUUUCUGCUAAAAUAUUCAACAAAUCUGGAAUAUUAUUUUUUCCAAGAUAAAUAUUGAAUUGCUUAAUGAAUAGGCGCUCGGUAUGGUAAAAUAUGUUUUGAACUGAUUCAAUAUGAGAUCUUUUAAAAGGAGCAACGUAACCAACGCGCAAAAGUCAAUGUUUUUGAUAUGAAUCAAGCAACGAACUUGUAAUAAAUACUUUUAAGUAACGUUAUUAUUACAAAAUGUCAUUGAUGGAUAAAGUCCAGUAAGAUAUUUUAUCAUGUCUUAUAGACACAUCAACCCCAUCCCCUCCGUUCA